GGUCCGCUGUGGCUCUCAGCGUUUGGAGCAGUUGCGCACGGAUGUUGUCCAGAUCAUAGCUGCCUCACAUGGCAUCUGUUGCUCAUGCAGUCACUCUGGCUCAGACUUCUUAACUUUGGGACAUCAAAUCCGACCGAGCGAGUGGAGUUCCUGGUAUCCGCGCUACUGAGAAGGCAGAGAUCAAGUUUUACGCGCAAGUUUGGACAGCAGACUCCAGCUGCAGAGCGCACCUAUUUUCAAGGGACCUAAAUAUGAAUGACACGGAUGUAAUCUGCAAUAACAGCACCUCAUCCAACUUAAGCGAUCAGUCAUGUUUAUCUCCAACCGCCACGCCUUACAGUCCCAUCGACAUCACCACCUUUAUGCACAUUUUCCCCUCAAUCUACGGGAUCCUGUGCUCCGUCGGAGUCAUCGCCAACGCGCUGGUGAUCUACGCGGUGGCAGCUUGCAAGAAGAAGAUGGUGUCGGACAUCUACGUGCUGAACUUGGCCAUAGCUGACAUGCUGUUCCUGCUGGUGAUGCCCUUCAACAUCCACCAGCUGGUCAGAGACAGGCAGUGGGUGUUCGGAAACUUUAUGUGCAAAGCGGUGGUGGUGGUGGAUGUCAGCAACCAGUUCACCACCGUGGGGAUAGUGACAGUGCUGUGCAUUGAUAGGUACAUCGCUAUUGUGCAUCCCAGCUCAGAGAGGAGGACCGUGCAGUGGACCAUCGUAAUCAACAUGCUUGUGUGGCUGGGAAGCUUCCUCCUUACCGUCCCAGUCAUGAUUUACGCCACGGUGGUCCACAGGCUGCACAUGAAGGUGUGCAUGAUGAACCUGGACGGACCCGAGGACAUGUACUGGUACACUCUCUACCAGUCCAUCCUGGGCUUCAUUAUUCCGCUCAUCAUCAUCAGCACCUUCUACUCUCUCACCCUUUACCACGUGUUCAGCUCCAUCCGCCGCGUCAAGCGGAAGCAGUCGGUGUGGGCGAAGAGGGCCACCAAGAUGGUGCUGAUGGUCAUCGCCUUGUUCCUGAUCUGCUGGUCACCUUACCACGUCAUCCAGGUGAUCAACCUGAGCAACAACCCGCCCACCAUCGCCUUUGUCUACGCCUACAACAUCAGCAUCUGCCUCAGCUACUCGCACAGCUGCAUCAACCCGCUAAUGCUGCUCAUCUUUGCCCAGAAUUACCGCGAGCGCCUCUGCCGGCGGAACGUCCUGUACAGCUCGCAGCACUCGUCCAAGGCCACUGUGGUCAAAACCGACGGCUCCAGCACGACAAACGACCCGAACUACAGAGUCACCGUCAUCUAGUCAGAAUGAUGAGUGCUUGUAUCUGCAGCCUGACAAAAAAGAUGUACAGCUUUUUUAUAUUGUAAAUUAAUUUGCUAGAGAAAAAAAGAGGAAGAAGCUGCAUCCUGCUGAAUAAAAGACGGCAAAGAAAAGCUCAGUAAUAUUUGGAUUAGUCAUUAGAAAGCACAUGCGCACACAUUGGGUCAGCUCAAGGACUGAAUUCCUCUGUGCAGCUUCACUGGUCAUUUCACCAGGACCAGUGUAGCGUCUUCAGCCUGAGCAGACAUGAUCUGCUGUAGGUAAUUUAAUAAAGAAGUCAUUCUAAGGGCUUAUGAUUUGUAACCAGUGGCCUCAAUAAUCCAGAGUUUACUGAUGCAAAGCAGAUAUGAGCUGUUCUGUUUUGAAACAGAGGCACUGAAGAAGUUUAUAUCCGGUUUGUCAGUGUUACAAAACUUUAGAGCUCAGAAAGACAAUUAAGUUUGAUCAAAAUUGGGUCCGGCUGACUGCAUCCCAAACCCAUAAAAGGUACUUCCUGUCUUUGUUCGGAUCCUUUCAUUUUGCUAACAGGGCUUAAGCCAGAUUAAAAUGAAAAGGCUCCUGUGGAAAGUGUUUGCAAAAGGGAGGGACGUUCAGUGCAAUUCUUUGAGCUGAUUGGGUGAAUCACCAAAUAGGACUUGCUUUCCAUGUCGAGUUUUUAGCCAAUCUCAGCAGCAGUAGCAGCGGUGGCGUAUCACAAUUAUGAUUUGUUUCACAACUUGUGGACUUAACCACAGUAAACCAAACUCUUACCAAAUCUGGGACAUCUUUCCCAUUCAAACAGGCUCAUAAAAAAAAGUAAUAGAUGAUAUUCCAGCUAAAACAGACUGAAUAGCGAAGUCUACAGGUUCGACCAUCGGCGUAGCCACCUUUGUUCUGCUUCAGCCCACCGCUUCUGGCUGACAUAUGUGUCACUGCAUUUCAUUGGUUCAUUUCUGCAUGAAGGCGAAUGCAUCUAUCGGCUUCUGGCAAGAUGCAUUUUCAGGACUUUGUAAAUUCUCACGACCAUUCAGCAAGCUUACAAGGUAAACACUUCCAAGUAAUAUUUAUUAUCUAAAAAAUUAUCUAAAAAAAGGUAAAGUAGUCUUGAACAAGGUGUUUCAACAUUUUACAGAGCACAUUUGAAAGAUUUGAGGAUCACAUUUCUAAGCUGCUCACUGAUGGGGAAAGUACUGUAUAUAAAUAUAUAGCCUGCUGUCAUGGCUGCACUGUACUGAUGUCUGUAUAAAUGUUACAUUUUAAAGAAAAAUGCAAUGUAUUCAUGAUAAGUGCAGAGUCAUACAGUGUGCAGCCCACUUCUGUCGGUGUCUGACCUCAGACUAUUGGUGACUGUAACAGAAAACUCCUCUCAGGGACUGCUUUACUCCUAAUAUUUCAAUAAAAUAUAAGAUCCUAAAUCUCAUUAAAACCUAUACCUCCACAAUC